UAGCCAAAAACUUAAUGAUCAUGUAGCAGUAGUGUAGUGGUAGCACUGUCUAGAGAAUAACUUCCUUCAGUAGGUACGUGUUUGUGAUCGUGGUGCUUCGGUGAAAAGUUUUUUCAAAAAUUGUCCAAAAUGGGUCGUAUGCAUGCUCCUGGUAAGGGUAUAUCCCAGUCAGCACUGCCUUACAGACGUAGUGUGCCUACAUGGUUGAAACUUUCACACGACGAUGUGAAGGACCAGAUUUUCAAGCUGGCAAAGAAAGGUCUCACACCAUCACAGAUCGGUGUUAUCCUGCGAGACUCGCACGGUGUUGCCCAGGUUAGGUUCGUGACCGGCAACAAGAUCUUGAGGAUAAUGAAGGCCAUGGGUCUCAGCCCUGACCUGCCCGAGGACCUCUACUACCUUAUCAAGAAGGCUGUGGCCAUCAGAAAGCAUUUGGAACGUAACAGGAAAGACAAGGACUCGAAGUUCCGUCUGAUUCUGGUGGAGUCGAGGAUCCACCGCCUGGCUCGCUACUACAAGACAAAGAGCACGCUGCCUCCCAACUGGAAGUACGAGUCCAACACCGCCUCGGCACUUGUCGCUUAAGUCUUGCUUUUUUAAUAUUAUAGCAAUAAAUUGCUGUUUCUAUUA